GAAGCGUCUACUACAACACAGCCUUCAACUACCACUGAAGCGUCUACUACAACACAGCCUUCCACUACCACUGAAGCGUCUACUACAACAGAGGCUUCAACUACCACUGAAGCGUCUACUACAACACAGCCUUCAACUACCACUGAAGCGUCUACUACAACAGAGGCUACUACAACACAGGCUUCAACUACCACUGAAGCGUCAACUACAACAGAGGCUUCAACUACAACUGAAGGGUCUACUACAACAGAAGCUUCAACUGCAACUGAAGCGUCUACUACAACAGAGACUUCAACUACAACUGAAGCGUCUACUACAACACAGCCUUCAACUGCAACUGAAGCGUCUACCGCAACAGAUGCUACUACAACACAGGCUUCAACUAUCACUGAAGCGUCUACUUCAACCCAGCCUUCAACUACACCUGAAGUGUCUACUACAACAGUCCCUUCAACUUCAACUGAAGCGUCUACUAUAACACAGACUUCAACUACGACUGAAGCGUCUACUACUACAGAAUCCACUACAACAACCACCGCGCCCGCGGUUCAGCGACAGUCCAUGUACAGCUAUGGAGUUGCAGAAGGUGACAGUACAGAUAAUAGGGAUUUUGAUGAAAUAACAUGCCUUGAAAUUGACAUUGGCCUUAGAGGAUUCCAAUACUUCGGAAGAAUAUUCACCAAAAUUGAGGUUUGUCCAAAUGGUUUGAUAAGUKUCGACGAUCCAUGGUAUCGAUAUUGGCCGAAAAAYUUUGGAUAUUACGAUUACUUGUUUGAAACUAAACCAAUGUUAGCUGUCUACUGGUCGCUGAUAAAUAUUGAUGCAUUCAGAAACGGAGCGUCGAAGUUAUUCUACCAAAUUUACCAAAAAGAUGAUGGGAAAGCACGUACUGGAAACGUCCUGAAAAAAGCCACCGAAGAUGUCAAUAUACACACCCAAAACAAUCAAAUUCCAACCAAGUUUGGCGAAGCAUCGUGGGUCAUGGUAAUUACCUGGGAAGGUUUGCGUCCUCGAGAUUCGGCAAGUCGACCCGAUCUCUUUSGUUUGAGCAAUACGUUUCAAGCCGUUCUGGUUAMUGAUGGAAUCUACUAUUUUGUCAUGUUCAAUUAUCCUUCUAAUGGAAUCCAGUGGUCUGCCCAAACUGCAAGUCAAGACCUCGCUAGUUAUUACUUCGAAAAAGGCCUUCCCGUCGUGGGCCUGAACGUUGGAGGCUCCAGAAAUCUAUUUUACAACCAUGAACGGUCUGCACGUGUCAAUAUUGUUCAAAUUGGUUCCAUAGAAGGAGAAAACGUCUUCAAAUCAUCUCAAAGUCAGUCUUUUCAAGUAUCUCCAGGUGGAAUAAAAGGMAGGAUUUUCAUUCGUUUAGAUGAAUCAACAGGCUCAAGUCCCUAUACUCAAUGUAUCAGCUGGUACUURAGUCAGCCCAAUCCUAACUUUUUCUUCCUGCCACCAUGUCCUUGCACUGCAUUGCARGCACUGAGAGACAGACGUUUCUUUAUAAUUGUAUCGGAAUUUUCACGUAUUUGUUUCUACUCGACGUUUGCUGUGAACGGAUGGGGUCAGGAGUGCUGUUAYUCCUUCUGGCGAGGGAGAUUUAGAAGGUCGUUUUUGGCUCUAGGWUAUCCCAAUGGAGGGAGCGCCAACAGGUAUCACAGAUUCAGGUUCCGUUCACUGUACCAAUCAGUUGACCUGUAUGGCUACCAGCAAUGCUGCAUUCUUAGCAACCUUUGUUCCCUAUACUACUCGCGAAGGCCAUCAGACAAUUGCUUCGGAUACUUCCCUCCAAGAUGGAGUUGGUUUUGGGGAGACCCUCAUUUCGUUACYCUUGACAACAAAAACUAUACAUUCAAUGGUCUUGGUGAGUAUGUCAUGCUUGACGCCAGAGACGGAUAUUUUCAGCUUCAAGCAAGGACCAAGCUUGCUAAUGGAGAAGGGACGGCUACUGUAUUCUCUGGAGCUGUUGCCAAGGAAACGAAUACUAGUACUGUACAAGUCACUUUAAGCAAUAACGGUACAAUGGAGGUGUACAUCGAUGGUCAACUGUUUGAUACAAGUGGCCUUACUAAUGUCUCACAGCUCCUUAACGGAUCAGUAUCGGUAUCAAAAUCACAGCCAAAGUGCUUUGAAAUGGUUUUUCCGUCUGGAAUAUCAGUUGCCGUCUGUGAAAAUCUAAAUCAACUUUCAAUUGUYACUGCUGCUCCGGAAUCGUUUAAAAAUCAAACGAAAGGACUUCUGGGAACGUGGAAUGGAAAUACAGAUGAUGACUUURCGUUACCAAACGGAACGGUGYUACCUGCGUCUAUCUCUAGCAGAGACAUCCACUAUAAGUUUGGAUUAGCCUGGCAAGUAAAUAACAGCACAACACUAUUCCAUUAUAAGCCAGGAGAAAGUGUCGCAUCGUUCAUAAAUGACUCAUUUGUCCCAAUGUUCAUAGACGAUAUCACAUUUGCAAACGACUCUCUCAAGCAACAGGCUGCAGAGCGAUGUCAAGGUGAUCAACGUUGUUUGUUUGAUGUGGCGGUCACAAGAAAUCUGGAAGUAGGAGAAAAUACCAAACAAAUAAACUCACAGAACGUCAAUGACACGGAGAUACUGAAUAACGAACCACCCAAGAUAGACAACAGUUCUUUAGUUUUGGUCUUAACAGUCAAUACAACUGUCACAGUUAUUGUGAAUGCUAGCGAUCCUAAUGGUGAUGCGAUAACAUUUAAUGUUACUGGACUUCCUACUGACGCUACAGUAACUACUAGUGCAAACUCCAUAUCAAUGACAUGGAAAGUCUCCUCUGACAAGCUUGAUAUCCAGUACUUUGUAACUGAUUCUAAAGAUGCUGUCUCAUCUAUUAAACCAACCAUUUAUCUCUGCGCAUGUCAUCAUGGUAGUAGCUGCUUGAAACCAUCRAUAGUGUCUACAGGCUCCAAUUCAUCUGAUAACAAAUUUAUUCGCAUGCUGUGUAGCUGUAGUUCGGGAUACACUGGACGUUAUUGUGAAAAUCAACUCGAUGCUUGCAUCGAAAAUCUGAACCCAUGUUACCCUGGUGUAGUUUGCACAGAUUUGCCACCGCCWGCAAACCUUACAGCGGGCUACAAGUGUGGAGCAUGCCCAACUGGCUAUACAGGAACGGGAGCAAACUGUACAGACAUAGAUGAAUGUCGACAAGGAACAAGUGGAUGUACUCAUAAUUGUAGAAAUUCCCCAGGCUCAUUUAUUUGUAGCUGCAAAACUGGAUACAACCUUGACAUUGAUAGAAGAACCUGCAUUGACAUAAACGAGUGCGAACCGUCGACGGACUGCAUGCAAAAUUGCAAAAACACUCCUGGAAGUUACAGUUGUUCGUGUAAUGAGAAUUUUAAAGUUGAUCCAAACGACAAAAGGYUAUGUGUUCCAUCGAACCCUUGCACAAAUGCGAAUCAUGGCUGCCAGCAUAUUUGCUACCGAGACUCCCAAAAUAACCAGAAGUGUGCUUGCAGAGGAGGAUUUAACCUGAACGCCGACGGGAAAACAUGCAGUGAUAUCAAUGAAUGCAGCACAAAGCAACAUCGCUGUAAUCAAGUGUGUCGAAAUACACAAGGUUCCUACAAUUGCACGUGUGUAGACGGAUUUGAACUCUCAUCUGAUAACGUCACUUGUAUAGAUAUCAAUGAAUGUAUUCGUUGGACCUUUAACUGCAGCGAUCCAUCCAAAAUCUGUGAGAAUAUUCCUGGUUCUUUCAAGUGCGUUUGUCCACAGGGACUGUUCUUGAUCGAUAAGAAGUGCAGAGCACUCAGGCCAGCGGAGCCAACACCAGCACCAGAUAAUGCAACAAUACCAAAGGAAGCAUCUUCAAAUGCAUUAGAAAACGCUGUUAACAUAACCAUGACCAACUUAACCUUGUCUAAGUGGAACAAACCAAAAGAGGUUGCUUUGAAACAGGUCGUAGCCGAGGGUGUGACACAGUACUGUGAAGCAAUUGGAGGCUGUCAUCCAAAAGAUAAACGUCUUAGGCGUGACCUAAGCUUUGUUCACUAUCGAGAAGAUCAARUACAUAUCGUUCCUGGGUUUCCACGACAGUUAGUCUCGGCCCAGUACCCRGCGUCUCUUCUUGUUGCUCGUAUUGCCCUGUACGUCAACUUUCCAGCGGGCGUGGUCGUUACGUCCAAUAACACCAUAAGUAAAGAAAAUCUUGUCAAAGCAUUGAAUGCCUCACGGAGUAAAAUCGAGAARUCRCUGGGCGUUAGAAUAAUCUUACUAACACAGUACCAGGACGAGACAACGCCGCCAACCAUACGAACUGUGAAAACAGAAGAGAAUAAUAUCAACAAUAUCAUCAUUGGAGUUUCUGUGGCAGUUGGUUUGAUACUUCUUAUUAUAUUGCUUAUUAUUAUUUUCAUCUUAUGUCGAAGAAGGCGUAAACGYUUGCCAAUUGAAGAAAGACAAAGCUCGACAAGGAGACACAAYAGUGAAGACGUCGUUACUGAUAUCAACGUAGGAAUGAGAACGGCGCAGUACAAAUACGAAGAGUCAGUUGAUGAUGAAGUCUUUGUCAGACAACCUGCAUACAGGCAAAGACGAUGGUCAUGGUCAAAUUUGGGCCAAUAAACUGUGCAUGCGCACUACGCGCGAUACUCAAGAGCACUAUGGGGAAACAGCUAAGAUAGAAAGUAGCUGCACAUAGUACAGAGAAAACUCUCUUAGACUUCCACCACCACAAUUAUUCGCAAAAUUAUAUAAUAAUAAUAUAAUUCAAAUUACAAUAAAUAAUAUUCUUCACAUUCAAAUUACAAAUAAAUAGUAAACAGCAUAACUGCAAGAAUUAAGGUUUUCAGUCAAGGAAAUACUAGCUUUUGAUAGAUAUGUAGAGGAUAUUACAUGGGCUACCCGAUAUCUUAUUUUAGAGUGUUGAAGAUCUCUCGCAAGUGAGCGUAUCUAUGAAAGCAAGUUAUGUUUGAAAAUAACUUUUUUUUUUAAAGCAAGAUAUAGAGAUGCCACACGAAUGUGUGUCAUUUUCAGUGAAAAUAACAAUUUAACGAAAUUGAGAAAUAUAAGUAAUCAUAAAUAAUUAUAUGACAAAAAUAGGAUAUUACACAUGCAGCGAAAAAUUUAGAAACCGCCAAUUAUGCAACUUGUCUCAGUAAAAGAAUUGAAAAACU